AUGGUGAACAUGCAGGGCCAGAGUGCAGUACCAGUAGUACGUCUUGUCAUCGAACAGCUCGGACUUUUAUCACUUCGGCACGGGCGUCAGCGUCGCGUGCCUGCUUGCCGCGUUGGAAUCGUUGAACGAUGUGCGAAAUGGUUUGGGUUUGAUGACGGGACGUGCCAGUGGGUUCGUGUACCUAAGUCGCACCCAUCUGCCGGCCACUCUGUUUGGGACGCAACAAGCAGCGUCAACAAUGUAUUCAUCAGCUGCGGCUUGUACACGGUGUCGUAUGGCCGUCCGAGUUUUGACGGAACUGGACACGGUUCCGCGUACCAGUUGACGAAAUCGAACAUCGGGCCAGGGGGGCUGUUCACAAACUCAUACGAAUAA